AUGUUGUACUACUUGGCGAUGACGGUUAUAAUAUUGAGCCAUUGCCUUAUGACUCCCUUCAGAAAUCCUAUUCCAGGUGCAGAAAUAAAUUAUAAUAAGCUUUCAAAACAAGAAAGAGUUAUAGUUGAAUGCUGUUUCGGCCAACUGAAACGCCUGUUUCCUAUCCUACAGUAUGUUUGCCGCGUAAAGUUGGAAAAUGUAACGAAAAUAAUUAUUGCUUGUAUUGUACUCCAUAAUGCUGGGAAUAGCUUUGGCGAUCUUGGCUUUGAAUUAGUUGAACAAGACCCAGAUGAAGAUGAAGGAAAUUGUGAGAAUGACGAACUUCCUCUCCGCCAAUUGGAGGCUUCAAUGGUACUGAAUCCACCAGGGACUAUCCAGAAAAUGAUAAGAAGAAGAAGACUAGAUGCAAAUGCUCUCAUUUGCAUGCAAAGAGCAUAUAUUUUUAUGUUGUCUGUGCUGAAGAUUUGCAUUGAAAGGAGAAUCAGAUCAGAUACUUCCUCAAGCUUGAUGUCUUGCUCUAAUUUAUCUCGUCUCAGGAUGGACUAUGGAAGUAAGCUUAAAGAACGGACAAUGGAGUGGAAAAUUAAAUUACUGAUCUGCAGCGCAUCUGAUAUUUACGACAGUUAUCCCCACUGA